AUGUCCCAAGUUGAAGUGCACCGGGAAGCAGAAAGGGGUGGUUGGAUAUAUGAUCAUCAGGAAGGAGUAGGGGAGCAGCAGGUUACUAUUGUUGGUGGUUUGUGCAAAAUUCACCCACCUUCUUCCUUACCUGCCUCAGGUCCUAUCACGCCAGUAUCCCGAAGCACACCCAGCCCGGUAGACCCUGAGGCUGUGCUGAUCAUCAUGAACUUUGACCCCGACCCUGCUGAUUUGGCCUUGUCCAGCAUUCCAGGCCACGAGACCUUUGACCCUCGCAAGCAUCGGUUCUCAGAAGAGGAGCUUAAGCCUCAGCCAAUCAUGAAAAAGGCCCGGAAAAUACAAGUUCCUGAUGAUCAGAAGGAUGAAAAAUAUUGGAACAGGCGGUACAAGAACAAUGAGGCAGCAAAACGCUCAAGAGAUGCUCGACGCCUGAAAGAGAAUCAAAUCACCGUUCGGGCAGCUUUUUUGGAGAAGGAGAACGCGGUCCUUCGCCAGGAAGUGGCCAAUAUCCGCCAGGAACUAACCCGCUUCCACAGCAUUCUCUCUAAAUAUGAAUCUCAGCAUGGCACCUUGUAAAAUCCACAGCAGGGCGCUGUGCUCUUCUCCAAGAUCCUGCCAUUGAGAUGGUAGGGCCACCCUGGUUUUUCAACCCAGACCCCCUAUCCUCCCAAACCAGGCAAACAAAUAAUCCAACAACAGAUGUUUGGAACAAGGGAAAGGUCUGCAGUGAGCACUUUCCACCUGCAGUUCUGGGUGUACAUGGUUCUGGGUGUACAAAGGAGAGUUCCUGGGUGGGCAUGGCCUGCCCCUCACCCAGAACAGGACAGCAGCCAAGAUGUUGAACUGGGCAUCGUAGAUACCUGGAAGGCACAAGGGCUCUGUAGCACGUUGGACGAUGUAUUGCACACACUAACACAUACAUGUGCACGUACGUUCUCUCUACACCUGUAUCUUAGGGUUUGGCUUAUUGGUGAACUCUCCAUCCAAAGGGCAAUUAAAUCAGAGACCAUCAGGUCUGCAAACCACUGUCCUAUGGGGCAUUUGGAUGGGACUUGGAUAUGGAUGACCCAGGAGCUCCUUAGGCAGAUCUCAGUGCCUAGACUCGGUCACACAGUUUUUUUCAGCAGAUGCCUGCACACAGUUUAACCCUUUCCCAAUUCAUCCAUUGACUGUGGUUACGAUUAAGGGACAGGCAAGCCAGCUACAAAAGUGGAUGUGAUAUCCAGGUUUUCUGGGCUCAUUCCUACCACUAUGACUUUACAUGCCCCCCUUGAGGAAGCCUCGAAGUCUUGGACACCCUGAAUGGAAAAUCCUUCUUUUUGAGAUCAGUAAACAUCAAGACUCUUUUGUCUAUAGAACGCCAAAUUAAAUCAAACGGGUUGCUUACUCAUUUUAUUUCCACACUUGGCCGAAGGGGACUUUACAUCUGAUGGCAAAGCUAGGAGUCCUUAGUUUUAAUUGUUACAGUUAUAUUAUUCUCUCUUGUUUUUAGUUAAAAAAGGCAAGUGACUGCAUCUGUUUCCUCCUAGCACUGCCCAGCGCAGUGCCAUGUGUACAGAAAUGAUAAAACACGAGACCUCAUUUGUGUCCCUUCUGAAUAUGAAAUCUAUACAAAUACUUACACACACAUAGAUAUAUAGAGAUAUAGAUAUAUAUAGAUAUUAAGUUUUGUUUCAUCUCUUCUUUUGUAAAACAAGACAAAAUUUGUGGUUGCUAUGUGUGUGUGUGUAUAUAUGUGUAUAUGUAUAUACACGCAGCCACAUUCACUCCAGGCCAGAUUCAUGAGAUUAAACUAUGUUCUUCUAUUAAGGGAAGAAUGGUUCUUUCGUACAGAAAGGGAAUGCUGGACAAACAUGUUUAAAAUCUCCUUUGGAGAGAUUCCUAAUCUUUUUAAUUUUUCCAUGUAACAGUGUUGUUAAGAACUUUUGGAGAGGGCCCGAUGGCAGUUCCCACCCACCUACCAACCCUACCAAAAGAUGUUUACAAUUAUAUGCUACAAGCAAUGAGGAAUAAAGGAAGAUGGGAUUUUACAAAAUA